CGUCGCUCCUGCCUCGAGAGUGACACACACUUGCAGCAGGCAGGCACCUCUCGGCCCACCCCCAGGCCUGCACGCAGCGCAGCAGGCACACUGCCGCGUACCUGAGUCCCCGUCUAGACCUUUAUAACACAACCCGCCCCGCCAUCGCUUGCUCUGCCUCCCUCCUCUCGCAAAAUGUCAAAGCCAACCUCUUCCACCCCUUCCCCCUCUUCCUCCUCUCUCGCCAGAGUCAAAAACAUUGCCGGCCACAUGUUAUCCCCCGCCGCCACCAGCUUCACGGCCCAGGUCGUCCCUCAGGCCCCCGAGGAUCCCCUCUUCGGCCUGAUGGCGGCCUACCGCGCUGACAAGGACCCCAAGAAAGUCGACCUCGGAAUUGGCGCCUACCGUGACAACAAUGCCAAGCCGUGGGUGCUCCCCGUCGUCAAAAAGGCUGACGAGAUCCUGCGCAAUGACCCCGAGCUCAAUCACGAAUAUGCCCCCAUCGCCGGUAUCCCAACCUUCACCGGCAAGGCUGCUGAGUUGAUCCUCGGUGGUGCCGACUCACCCGCCAUCAAGGAGAAGCGAGUUACCUCCGUCCAGACUAUUUCGGGCACCGGUGCCGUCCACCUGGGCGCCCUCUUCCUCGCCAAAUUCUUCCCUGGCAACAAGAAGGUGUAUCUGUCCAACCCUACCUGGGCCAAUCACAACCAGAUCUUCACCAACGUUGGCAUCCCGAUUGCCCAGUAUCCUUACUUCGACAAGGCGACGAAAGGCCUCGACUUCGAGGGCAUGAAGAAGGCCUUGCUUGGCGCCGAGGACCGCUCCAUCAUUCUGCUGCACGCCUGUGCCCACAACCCGACUGGUGUAGACCCGACUCUUGACCAGUGGAAGGAGAUUGCCCAGAUCAUCCGGCAAAAGUCACAUUUCCCUUUCUUCGACACAGCUUACCAGGGCUUCGCCACUGGCGACCUGAUGAAGGACAAUGCCGCGGUCCGCUACUUUGUUGAGCAGGGAUUCGAGCUUGUCGUUGCUCAGAGUUUCGCCAAGAACUUUGGUCUCUACGGCGAGCGCGCCGGCUGCUUCCACGUCGUGACUGGCCCUGCCUCUGACGCUCAAGAGACGAUUACCCGCAUCGCCUCACAACUGGCUAUCCUCCAGCGCUCAGAGAUCAGCAACCCUCCGCUUUACGGUGCGCGCAUUGCCAGCACGGUGCUCAAUGAUAAGGCGCUCUUCGCCGAGUGGGAGGAGAACCUGCGCACCAUGUCGGGUCGCAUCAUUGACAUGCGCAAGGCGCUGCGCAGCAAGCUCGAGGAGCUCGGCACCCCGGGCACCUGGAACCACAUUACCGACCAGAUCGGCAUGUUCAGCUUCACUGGUCUGACAGAGAAGCAGGUGCUCAAGGUGCGCGAGGACGCCCACGUGUACAUGACCAAGAACGGCCGGAUCAGCAUGGCGGGUCUCAACACGAAUAAUGUCGAGUACGUUGCCAAGGCGUUUGACAAGGUCGUCCGGGAGACGCAGUAGAGGGAGUGAUGGGAGUAGACUUUGUCUUUUUUUUUGCUUUUUAGCGAUGUCUGGCGACGAGUCCUCGUGGUCUGCUUAGAAGUGCUCUGCGUCCGGGGGCUUUUUGUGUUUCCAGAUACCUUUUGUAGCAGUGAAAGACCAAGGAUAAAAUUUGAGAUGCCCCUUGCUUCUUGCUGCCUCACUGCACACACAC